AUGCCGACGGCGACUGAGGCGGCCUUCCCCCAUGCCGAUGGCGACUGCGGCGUCCCUCCCCCACCCUCGACGGCGACUGCGGCGUCCCUCCCCCACCCCGACGCCGACUGCGGCGUCUCCUGCGCCCCUCCCAGCUACAACGACGGCGCCCUCGCACCUUCCCACCUCAACCGGCGGCGAUUGAAAAAAAUUGAUAUAAUCACUGCUGGAAUGGGAAAUGCAUUAGCUACUGAUGGUGGCUUUUGUACGGGAAGUGUCAGGGUUGUUGAUCAUCAGGCUGGUUCUGAUCUGAUGUAG